AAUACACUGGACACAACUGUUACGCAGGCUGGGUAUUUAGCAGCAGCCGCAACUCACCUUCAGCCAAUGUGCCACUAAAUGAUAUGCGUUCAUUUUGAGUAGCUUACGGCCACCAACAUCCGACUGACACAGGAAGAACCGAAACGACUGAAAACAGUCCUCUGAAGGUCAUUCAGUCAUUGGAUCAAUAGCCCCUGGAGAUGGCCAGGAGAUGGGAGGACAUUAAACGCAGAUGAGACUAGGAUCUAAUCACCUGGAUGGCCUCCUGUGGCUCUGCUGGGUAGCAUAUGGGUUUGCCAGAGUCAUGUCUCAGACUGCUCCUGACCAGGAUGACUAAUAGACUAGCCCACUCUGUGUUAGGGUGCUCCACGGUCUGCUUCUGGGCUACUGGACGGGCUCAGUGAAGCUACCACAAUAAGUGACAGCCAGCCAGAGCUCACUUCCUCCUUCACUCCAUCCAUCCCGUCUCCACCACCACCACCCUGACAGGAGAAUGCCCUCUGAGCCUCUUCUCAGUUCCCAGGACAUGCUGAAAGGCCAGAGGCUGUGUCAGUCCAGGUCGCACCAGGACUCCGUUCUCUCCGCCCUCAACCAGCAGCGGAAGGAUGGCCUCUUUUGUGACGUCACACUGGUUGCCGGGGAGCAGAAGUUCCACGCCCACAAGGCUGUGCUUGCGGCGUGCAGCGAUUACUUUAGGAUUGUGCUGGAGCCGGGGGUGAUCCAAGAUGUGUUGGCUGCUGGGAGUCACCUGCAGCUGCUGGAGCUGCUCAGCUUGUGUUCCAACUACCUCAUACAGGAGCUGAGCAGUCUGAACUACCUGGACCUGUACCGGCUAGCCGACCUGUUCCACCUGCCGGCACUGGAGGAGGCAACGGUGGCCUUCCUAGUGGAGCACCUGGCUGAGCUGCAGCGCUCCCACCAGGAGGAGGUGCUGCUCCUGCCCUACCGCCUCCUCAGGGAGGUGCUCAAGAGUGACCGCCUCACCUCACUCAGCGAGGAGGAGAUCUGGCAGCUGGUGGUGCGUUGGCUGGAGCAUGACUGUCGCUACCAGUACGCCGAGGACCUGCUCCAGCACGUGCGCUACGGCCUGAUGGAGUCGUCCGUGCUGCACCACCUCUCGGACGGGCACCCUCUCUUGCACGCCAGCCUGGUGGAGGAGGCCCUGGAUUACCAGCGCGGCACCUUCGUCCAGCCCUUACGCCAGACGGCCCGCACGCGACCCCGCUUCCGCUCCCUCACCCUCUACGUGGCCGGCGGGAGGAAGCGGGAGGUCAGUCGCGUGCGAGAGCUGCGCUACUUCAACCCGGCCGGACCCGGGGGUGGGGGGGUGCAGACCGAAGGGGGGGGCCAGCAGCAGCAGCAGCAUCAGAUGCAGGGGGUGCGGGUGCCGGGGGGGUCGGACUGGAGCGAGCUGGCACCCAUGCCCGCCGGGCGGAGCCACCACUGUGUGGCUGUCAUGGGUCACUUCCUGUUUGUGGCGGGCGGCGAGGUGGAACAGACCAACGGGCGCACGUGCGCGGUAAGGAGCGCCUGCCGCUACGACCUGCGCGCCAACCGCUGGACGGACAUCGCGCCCAUGAAGGCGUGCCGCGAGCACUUUGUUCUGGGCGUGCUCGGACAGUUCCUCUUCGCCGUGGGCGGCCGCAAUGAGCUCAGGCAGGUGCUGCCGUCUGUCGAGCGUUACUGCCCCAAAAGGAACAAGUGGAUGUUUGUCCAGCCAUUCGACCGCUCGCUGUCCUGCCACGCGGGGUGUGUCGCUGACGGCCUGCUCUGGGUGUCAGGUGGCGUAACAAAUACAGCCCAGUAUCAGAACAGAUUGAUGGUGUAUGACCCUGCUCAGGACCAGUGGUUAGCGCGUAGCUCCAUGCUGCAGAGGCGUGUGUAUCAUGUGAUGGCGGCCGUGGGGAGACAGCUCUACGUGCUGGGCGGAAACGACCUGGACUACAACAAUGACCGCAUUCUGGUGCGACACAUCGACUGCUACCACAUUGACGACGACCAGUGGACGCGCUGUUCGUUUAGCCUACUCACAGGCCAGAACGAGGCUGGGGUGGCGGUCCACGAGGACAGGAUCUACGUGGUGGGAGGAUACUCCAUCUGGACAAACGAACCCUUAGCCUGCAUUCAGGUUCUGGACGUGAGCUCAGAGGGGAAGGAGGAGGUGUUCUACGGCCCGAGUCUGCCCUUCGCUUCAAACGGAAUCGCCACCUGCUUCUUACCCGCGCCCCACUUUUCCUGCCCCAACUUACAGACACUACAGGUUCCUCAUCACAGGAUAGGAACGCUUUAACACACACACACACACACACACACACACACAAACACACACAAACACACGCACUGACACAUACAUAAACAGACACACUCACACACCCCAAACAGAGACGCUCUAUGAAGAAGUAUGAACGUUUACCACUGCCUCAACACACCAAGAUGCAAAUAAAGCCAAGGAGAACCCUCUUCCUGAGCUGCCCAGAGCUCCAGAUGCUCGAGAAACUCGAGAUACACAUGCGGGGUGCCCAGCUCUAUGGCUACAGUUUAAAGCAACACAUCUUAGUAAUGAGACCACACGGUGCACUUUGCUUUCUGGGAAAAUAAUCCACAAGGACUGAACCUUGAUUUGUUCUGAUCUGUGUUGACACAGCAGCAAUGGGGAGCACUGAGUUUAUCAGUUUUCUGUGCCAAAACAUUAGUAUCAAGCUCCUUAUUGACUUAAUGCACUAUAUGAGACUGAGUGAGCUGUCUCCAAUUGCAACCAAUAGGUAUAUACUGUAUAUACGAGGUGUGGCUGUUAAAUAACAACUGUUAUUACAAGUAUAUACGAGUUAUAUGAGUAUAAUGAGUUUCCUUCAUUACAAUUGCAUUACAGCAUUAGUCUCAUUAUUUAAUAGCUGCACCUCGUAUAGUAAUAGUGCCUGUUACAUUGUAACUACACUAGUCAAUACAGUGCAGCUCAGUGUCACAUACUGAGUAACUAAGCGUAGCUACAUACUGAUACUUUGUAUGCACAUAUUCCAUGAUUAGGGCAUGUCGAAGUAUGGGGUAUGGCUGUGUAGUUAUACAUUGAUAAUAAGUGCGUUACACUGU